UAAACCCAUUAGGGUUUUGGCUAAUAUAAAGGACUACUAGUUACAAACCCUAGUUUCUGAUCCCCUCAACCUUCAGCAGAUCGCCGACGACAGCGCCGCCGGUGACCCGUAAACAUGGUACACGUCAACUUUUAUCGUAACUACGGGAAGACGUUUAAGAAGCCUCGACGUCCUUAUGAGAAGGAGCGAUUGGAUGCAGAGUUGAAACUUGUAGGAGAAUAUGGAUUGAGGUGUAAGAGGGAGCUCUGGAGAGUUCAGUAUGCUUUGAGUCGUAUCAGGAAUGCUGCAAGAAUGCUUCUGACAUUAGAUGAGAAGGACCCUCGUCGUAUUUUUGAAGGUGAAGCACUCUUGAGGAGGAUGAACAGAUAUGGGUUAUUGGAUGAGAGCCAGAACAAGCUCGAUUAUGUCUUGGCUCUUACUGUGGAGAACUUUCUUGAGCGUCGUCUCCAAACCCUUGUCUUCAAGACUGGCAUGGCUAAGUCAAUCCACCAUGCUAGAGUGCUCAUUAGGCAAAGGCAUAUCAGGGUCGGAAGGCAGGUGGUGAAUGUUCCAUCCUUUAUGGUGAGAGUGGACUCCCAGAAGCACAUUGACUUCUCUCUCACCAGUCCUUUCGGUGGUGGUCGUCCUGGAAGAGUGAAGCGAAAGAACCAGAAAGCUGCUGCAAAGAAGGCAUCUGGUGGCGACGGAGACGAGGAAGAUGAAGAAUGAUCACCCACCUAUUUUCGUGUGUGGAGCUUUAAUGCCCAUGUAGUACUGUCUCUUCUCUGCAAUUUAAGUAAAUUUUGCACUCCAGGCUUUGGACUAAAUUUACUUUGAAGCAAUUGACCUGGUUAUCUAGAGAGAAAUAUGUCUGGAUAUGAAUUUGAUCUAAAUCCAAACUUCCAAGACUUAAAUUUGAGAA